AUGUCUUUAUCCGGGAUCCCGUCGAUGCGUCCAGAAUGGAACCUCGGUACACAAGCUAUUACCGACAAUAACGAUAUCUCGCUCUCCCCACACCUCCACUCCUCAUCCCCCCUCGGGCAUUACCGCAGUUACACCCCACCAAAAGAAACGGGUUUCGCCAUAUGGGUUCACGACGUGGCUGCAUCGAAUAAGCAGAUCAUGGAAUUGGAGAUCAACCGCCCUUCGAGCUGGGGGCUGCAGGACCGAGGUAUCAAGAAGCUGUAA